GCAAUAUGCCCAAAGACCAGGCCAUGGACUUUGUUGCAGCUGAGUACAGUCGUGGACUUGUCAAAGAGCGCCCGCCGAGGGACCCCGCAGACAUAGCAGCACAGGCAUCACAGCUGCUGGAUGACUUUCUUGAUCGAGAAAAGAUCGAGCGCCACAGUGUUCCGUCUGAAACACGGCAGCUCCUCAUGCUGUUAGCUGAGGGGGUGCAUCUCUACCCAGAGGAGCUGGAAACCAUCUCGGACUAUGUCCGUUCCCGGCAGGAGCACAUACAAGUCUCCAACAUUGAGGGGGAGAGAGGGAACAUGUUACCUCCGGGACUGGGAAAACCGCCUCCUCUGCUCCCUACUCCACCUGGGCCCCCUCAACCUCAGUCUGCAGGCGGAGGGGGGCCCAUGGUGGACCACUCCCCUCCUCCACCUGCACCUCUCUUGCCUUCACCAGGUUCUUAUCCCAAAACCAAACCUCCUCCACUGCUGUCCUUACAUCGGCCUCCUGGUCCAUCACUAGGAGCCCCAGCUUCACGAGGCCUCCCAUCCUCACACAGCCCUUAUGGUUCCCCUGCUGUGUGUCGUGGGCCCCUACUCCACCAUCCUCUUCCAUACCACACAGGCCCCAGGGGCCCUCACAGUAUUCGAGGAGCCCCUCCCUCCCUAAAGAGUUCACGCCCUCCGCUUCUCUCUGCUCCAGGACCCCCUCUUCCUCGACCGAGUGGCCCGCGACAUUAACAAAUGACAGAGACGUGCACACACACACUUACACAUGCAGACUGCCAGCAGUGUGCCAUUUUGCCUAACCUUAGAAGAGAAGACUCGUGGCCCCUGAGUAGGUUCCUGUUGUGACCUUUUUAAAAAACAAAACAAAACAAUGGUAAACCACUUUCAGUUAGAUACAAAAGAUGGUAGUUAAUGCUAUAUAUUAUCAUGUUAUUAUUGUGGAUGGAUUGAGGUAGGAUGGCAUGGAGUAUUCUUAUGGAUGAUAAUUUUCCAAUGUCCCUCUCAUUCAUUUUUUUUCUCUUUAUAAUGUACUGCGCUUCUCACACAGUCAACCCUUAAAAAUUCAUGUUCUAAACUUGCAGCUUGUCUCUUUAGACUAAGGUAGGUGUAGGUCACAGUGACAAGCGGCACAUGAGAAACAUUGAAUAUUGUGUAGCUGAAUGCACAAAAAAACCCAGAAAACAACAGGACAGCUGUUCGAUAUUUAAAGCAACAAAAAAGCAAAAGGUAUUGGUGGUCACAUGGUGGUAUUAGGAAUUUAAAUUUUUAUGUAUAUCAUGAAUAUAACAAGUAGCCUACCUGCUGUACACAGUGUCUCAAGAUGGUGCUUAAAACUUCAUGAGGAUUUCCUCGAGGAUUCUCCUGAGGAGAGAAUUCUAACAACCAAUUAAAGUUUGUGUUUAUAAGCUAUA